AUCCAUGAAGCGAAUAUUAUUCCAAUUUCCCUAACUUUUCUAUUCCAGAGAGGGAAAAAUGGCUUUCUCGAUAAGGCCCCAUUUCCCUCUAUUAAAACCGUGUUUUCACACCCGGACAGCUAAAAUCACUCAAAAGAGCACCGUCUUUCUCCGCUCCCCCGUUCGAAUGGAGUCAUCUUCGUCGGCCUCCGCGAACGCACCGGCGGAAUCCGCCGCCACCACCCAGGACACGGUGGUGCAGUACGUCGUGCUGCGGAGGGACCUAAUCGACACGUGGCCGCUGGGGAGCGUGGUAACACAGGGCUGCCAUGCCUCCGUCGCCGCGAUUUGGACUCACAAGGAUGAUCCAGACACUCUCUACUACUGCUCUCCUCCAAAUCUCGAUUCUAUGCACAAGGUCACUCUUGAAGUAAAGGGUGAAACUCAGUUAUUAAACUUGUCGGAGAAGCUAAAAGCCAGUGGCGUCGCUCAUAAGUUGUGGAUAGAACAACCUGAGAACUUUGCUACUUGCCUCGCUACAAAGCCUUGCCCGAAAUCCACUGUAUCAUCAUUUUUCAAAAAGCUUAAGCUCUGUAAGUGAUGAGACCCAGAAAUUCACUGCUUUUUUUAUUAAUGAAUUCAGAUGAGUUUCUUGCUUACUUA